UCAGACCUCCAGCACUUUGCCAUCGCACGCCUGGGAUUCUCCAGCAGCACCAAGUUCCGGGCAAACCCUCGCCACCCUAGUGGGUGAGGGCACCGCGCCGCCUCCCACUGGGACAUGGAGCUCCUGUCGCCUCCACUCCGAGACGUGGACUUGACGGGCCCCGACGGCUCCCUCUGCUCCUUUGCCACAGCGGAUGACUUCUAUGAUGACCCGUGUUUCGACUCCUCGGAUCUGCGCUUCUUCGAGGACCUGGAUCCGCGCCUGGUGCACGUGGGCGCACUCCUGAAGCCAGAGGAGCACUCGCAUUUCCCGGCCGCAGUGCACCCGGUCUCGAGCACGCGCGAGGACGAGCAUGUGCGCGCUCCCAGCGGCCACCACCAAGCCGGCCGCUGUCUGCUGUGGGCCUGCAAGGCGUGCAAGCGCAAGACCACCAACGCCGACCGCCGCAAAGCCGCCACCAUGCGUGAGCGGCGCCGCUUGAGCAAAGUGAACGAGGCCUUUGAGACGCUCAAGCGCUGCACGUCCAGCAAUCCCAAUCAGCGGCUGCCCAAGGUGGAGAUCCUGCGCAACGCCAUCCGCUACAUCGAGGGCCUGCAGGCUCUGCUGCGCGACCAAGACGCCGCGGCCCCUGGAGCCACCGCCUUCUACGCGCCCGGCCCGCUGCCCCCGGGUCGCGGUGGCGAGCACUACAGUGGCGACUCGGACGCAUCCAGCCCGCGCUCCAACUGCUCCGACGGCAUGAUGGACUACAGCGGCCCCCAGAGCGGUGCACGGCGGCGGAACUGCUACGAAGGUGCCUACUACAGCGAAGCGCCCAGUGAAACCAGGCCCGGAAAGAGCGCCGCCGUGUCCAGCCUUGACUGCCUGUCCAGCAUCGUGGAGCGCAUUUCCACCGAGAGUCCCACCGCGCCUGCGCUCCUACUGACCGACGCGCCGCCAGAGUCGCCUCCUUGCCAGCCAGCGGCAGCCGCCCCAACCGAGGCCGAGGGUGGAGCCCCCAGCCCGGCCCUGGACGCAGCCCCGCAGGGCUCUGCAGGCGCAGACCCCAACCCGAUCUAUCAGGUGCUCUGA